AGCCGUCAAACAAUGCAAGCGCGCACACCAAAAGGUUCUCCGUCGCGUUUCUCUAUUUCUCUCCCCGCCGCCCUCCCCCCGUCCCGUCGUCGUCGUCACUUACGUAAGCAGAUGCCCCGUUUCGCGAUUUCCGAAGGAAUCCGAAAGGUCCCGGAACUCGCGAGCACAUCUGCCCGCGGUUGGUCGACCCGAACUUUUCACACACACACACACACACACACACACACUACCGAACGAACGACGGCGCCCGAACGAAGACACCCGCGGUGCAUUCGGCUCGCUCCGCCACUGUUGAAACGGAACGUAAAAGAGACAGAGAACUGGUGCGACAAGAAAGAGAGAGAGAGAGAGAGAGAGAAACACAGAGAGUGCGCACGAGAAGUCUCUCGGAGAGAAAGAGAGAGACGAGGCGGCAGAGUCGAGCGCGACCGACGGGGAUAUCUCUCCCGCGCGCAGAUCGGACGGAGACGCGACGAGAGCCUGGAGAGGAGGUGUAAACGCGCGCGCGAGAGGGUACACCACCACCGUACGGACCGGAGUCUCUCGCUCGCGGAGAGUAUCACUCAAACCAGCUGGUUGGCAAGGGAGACUCCGCGCGAGCAGUCGCCAGUGAGACGCGGCACCCCGCGAGCAGCGCGUGUGUCAAAAUUUUUUACGCUCGCUCGCUCGCUCGCUCGCUCGUGUUUCGUCCGUCCGUCCGUCCGCGUUACGUACGCGCGUAAAAACUUCCUUAUUACACAGCAGCAGCAGCGCGCGCGGGAUUUUAUUUCUAUAUAUAAUAUAAUAAUUAUAUAUACGUGCGCGGCGUGAUAGGUUCCCUUCUCCCCCUCCCUCCCCCCUCCUCGCGUAUCCGCACAACAAGCGCAGUAACGUAACCAUUGCUCCUGACUUUUUACUCGUCGGAUUAUUGUUGUGCCGUCGGUGGUGGUGAACGCGUACGUCCGCGAGAGCGAAGAGAGUCUCUGUUUCUCCGCCGCGCGCGGCACCUUUCAUUCUCGGAACACACACGACACUUGCCGCCUAUCUUCGUGUGUGAAUCAAGCAUCGUCUGCUGUGCUUCCACCACAUCUCUUCGUUCCGUUCGUUCGUACGUUCGUACGUUCGUUCGUUCGUUCGUUCGUUCGUUCGUUUUUACGCACACACUUAUCCGCGCUCCGUUCUUCUCUUCUCUCUCUCCCUUCUCUUCCCUCUCUCUUUCCGCCUUUCUGGCCUUCCCCCCUCCCCGGGAGUCUCACAAGGAGAGUGUUGGGUAGGCAGUAAUAAUUUGUGUGUGUGUAUAUAUAUAUAUAUUAUCCUCGCGCCUAGCGCGUGUGUGUGUGUGUGUCGCGCGCGCGUGUGUGCGCUCUGUCUCUCUAUCUCCGUGUGUGCGGAGAGUACGUGCGCGCAACGAGCGAACCAAGAUGGCCGCCGAUUCAGGAAUGGAGACGUGUCCCUCCCCAGAGAUUGCGGACUCCAGAAAGCGGCCGCUCGACUGCGACGCGGAAAACGGGACGACCAAGAGAUCGCACUACGGAUCAGGAGGAGAUGGAACGUAUCACCUCAAAGUGUUGGUUCCCGGGGUGGCUGCUGGAGCCAUUAUUGGGAAAGGUGGCGACACAAUUGCUCAACUUCAAAAAGAUACAGGAGCACGGGUGAAAAUGUCUAAAUCGCAUGAUUUUUAUCCGGGAACUACUGAGAGAGUGUGUUUGAUUACUGGCAGCGUAGAUGCCAUUAUGGAAGUUAUGGAGUUUAUCAUGGAUAAAAUACGUGAAAAGCCAGAACUUUCUGUAAAAACUACAGUUGAUUUUGAUUCUGGCAAAGCUAUUGCGGAGAGAGACAAGCAGGUAAAAAUUUUAGUACCCAACAGCACUGCGGGGAUGAUAAUCGGGAAAGCGGGAAAUUAUAUCAAGCAGAUAAAAGAAGAAUCUGGCUCGUAUGUUCAAAUUAGUCAGAAAGCUAAAGACCUGUCUCUUCAAGAGCGGUGCAUAACGGUGAUCGGUGAAAAGGAAAACAAUCAGAGAGCGUUACAAAUGAUCCUGGCGAAAGUGGCAGAUGACCCGCAAAGCGGCACUUGUCUUAAUGUCAGUUACGCGGAUGUGAGCGGUCCAGUCGCAAAUUACAAUCCCACAGGCAGUCCGUACGCUCAGGCGCCGGCGAGUACACCUACAUACACAUCUACAGCUGGUCUCAAUACAGUGAGUAUCUUGAACGGUGCUGGUUUGAGUCUUAAUCUGAAUCUGGGCGCGGCUAUUACCGCGGGCACGGCGCCGGUGACGACGCAGCUGCUCGAGCACAUAAAGCUGAAUCUACGCACGUCGGGCUUCACCGAGCCCGCGGCUGCGGAGAUACUUACGGCAAUCGCGACUCUCGCCAAGUACAACAUCCUCGGGAUGGGUAUUGGGAUGCCGUCGAGUAUGAGCUAUCUGGGAAAUCCGAUGGACAGUACGACUACUGCGAACGGCUCGAACAACAACGGCGGUGUGUUCGGCCCGAUCGGGACCGUGCCCGCGCUCGGUUCAACCUCGCCAACGCCGCGCAACACCCUCGAUCGUUACGAGCCGUUCGAUCCGUUUCGUCAGAACAACACCGCCGCCAACGCGAUACAUCUGAACAACAAUUCGUUUGGCCUGGGCACUAACCAGUUAUCACUUGAUGCUAAAGUUCGCGACAACAUGCAAAAAGUUCGACCAGGUCAAGGGGAGAUCGAGAGGAAAAAUGUCAAAGUGAAAGAAAGGGAGCUUCGUCAGUGCGCGCAAUAACUCGCGCGACGAUUUAUACGAGAGAGAGAGAGAGAGAGAAAGUGCGUUGAUUAAAAUAAAUAUUUGUAAUUAUUUGUAUCGUAAUCAUGACCGCACAGAGAGCGAGAGAGAGAGAGAGAUCCGGACAAAUCCGAUUAAGAGCAAACAAGUCACAAAUGUGUAAAAUUCGUCGAAAAACGCGAAAUCUUCUUGCAAUUCCCGUGAGAAUUGUUAAUAAUAUUAUAUCGAAGAAGAGAGAAAGAAACGGUUUUUUUUUUACACUACACAUAGAGGCCAUAGAACGCGAUCCAGAGAGAGAGAGAGCCAGUUUAACAUAAUAAGUAAUUUUCUUUCUAGUAUGUACGCGUUGAUUUUAAACAAUUAAACCGGGUAUCAAAUGAUUCACGUCCGGGUAAGAUUUACAAAACAGGUAAGGUAGUACAAGUUUGUUACUUCAAAGCAUCGUUUUGCGUUUUUAUAUUCCUCUCUCGUUAAAAUGUAGACGAAAAUAUAAGAAUGAUGCUUUGAAAUUCACAUUCAGUAGAACACUUUAGACUUUACCUUCCGAUGUUAUCUCCGGGAGAGACGGUUCGCUGAAAGCGUUACCCGAGAACGGCGGUGGUGAUAUUACUCAGAAUAUUCGCGCGGUUUAUUUCAAGUUGAACUUGAAAUAAAAACAAACGUGCUCUGAAUUUAUUUUGUAGAUUCAGAAAAAUGCCGGAUAGAUUUUGAGGUGCGCGUCGUCAUCUCGAGAAAAUUUAACAAUUGUGUUUAUAUUGACUAAACACUUUUCGUUUUCUCUCACCUCUCACUUUCGUUUUAUUUUUUUUAUUAAAGUAUCUUAAACAUCCGCGAAACGCGCGCGAAUGAAACACGUGGUUCCAUCCGUCAUUCGAGGUAACACUUUCAGUUGAACUUUUCCAACGUCGUUCAACAACAGCGUGUGCGUGUGUGUACACACUAAUACUGGAGUACAUUAAUGGUUUUUCGCACAUUUGUAAUAUUGUAAGACAAACAAAUUCACUACGACUAUUUUUCUUUUUUGGUUAAAUUAAUUAAUUAAUUAAUUACGUGAGCUAAAAACUACAUUCUUUUAUCGAGUACACGUAAAGAAACGUGAUCGAGGCGAAACUGAAACGAAACCGUUAAUGAACUGUAGUACAGUAUGCUUUGUUGCACACUAGUGUGUACACAUAUAUCAGUCGACGAUUAAAUUUAAAAAAAAGCGUCCAAUCCUUGCGUGCGUGUAUAAAAAACAACAAUUUUGUUACGAACGCUAGAUCGAACGAUUGAUACGUGUCGCGGUAUAUAUUGAAUUAUACCAGCAAGGGGUUUUUUGGUUUUUUUUUUUUUUUUUUUUUUUUACUGGUAACGAGAGUUUAUUGCGUUUUACGAUGUGCAACAAUAUAUUCGCACAGGAACCGUUUAAUCCUUUCCGUAUUGACAAUCUCGAAACAAUGAUCACUGAUGCGCGAAUUCUCUCUUGAAUUCUUUUUUCAGAAGAGAUAUAAAAAAAAAACGUUAGAGAACACACGACUCGGUAGAGAAAAAAACAAGUUUUGGCUGAUUUUAUAUUUCUGACACAUUGACACUCGGUCGGGAGUGAAAGGUAUGAUUUUUCAAAGGUGGUGUUUUUACACCGAGAACGGAAGGGAGUAAACACGUUCUUUUGUCUUUUAUUUUAUUUUUUUAUUUUUUACUUUUUUUUUUAGAAUAACGGAUGACGCGCAGUCGCGUCUGCACACACAAGGUGGCAAAGCAGUAUUGGUCGGCCAGUUAGCGUUACCUACGAGUUGUUUAAUAGGAGAACGUUACGUUAUAAAUGUUUACACUAGACCGGCAGUCAUCACCUUUGUUAAGAAAGUCUUUUAUUUUUGCAGAAAAUAUUUUGUUUUAUUUAAGGAUAUAUAUAUAUACACACACACAUAUAUAUAUAUAUAUAUAUAUAAAGUUUAAGAAUAUAUUUUCUCGUUUGUCAGCCCGAGCUGGCAGCAAGGAAACGACGUCGCGUCGUUCGGAUAGGUGUAACAUGGAAUACAGUUUAGAGACAUAGAAAGAUAUGAGAGAGUUAGUUUCUUAAAACACAAUCUCUUUGCGAAAAGUUGUAAAUUUUUCAAACACUUCAAACGAUAAGUAAAUCAAUGUCCGAGACAAAAAAGAAAAAGAGAGAAAGAGAAGAAAAAUUAACUACGUGCGUAUCCGUAUACGCGACACACAUACGAAAAUAAGUUAAGAGAAAAAUCCAGAGAUAUAUAUAUAUAUAUAUACGUAUAUAUAUAAACACAUUUAUAUAUAUAUAUAUAUAAAUUAUUAACUCUCGCGCGCAACGUGGAAGAGGAGAAGGAGGAGGAGAUGUAUAGCGUGUAGUGAUCAGGGAAAUG